CUAGGGCCAGUCAUACCUUCGUCGAUCCCUCAUUCAUUCUGGUUGUUGUUGUUAGGUGCAGUCCAGUGGGUUGCGACUCAUAGCGAUCCCUUGUACAACAGAAGGAAACACUGGUCCCGCGCCAUCCUCACAAUCGUUGUUAUGCUUGAGUGUAUUGUUGCAGCCACUGUGUCAGUCCUUCUGUCCAGGGUCUUCCUUUUUUCCAUGACCCUCUACCAAGCAUGAUGUCCUUCCCCAGAGACUGGUUCCUCAUAACAUGCCCGAACUUCCUGCAUGGAGCCCACCCAUCCCUUGGACAACCUCAGCCUGGCCCAGCAGCCCCUGGCCCCAGAGCCCAGGGACCUGGAAGACCCCAGGGAUGAGACCCCUGACAGCUCAGACACCGUCGUCCUCAGCCUCUUCCCCUGCACCCCAGAGCUUGGGAACCCUGAAGUGGAUGCUGGAGUCCCCUCACCACAGGCAGGCAGCUCCCUGAAGCACUCCACGACCCUCACCAACCGGCAGCGUGGUAACGAGGUCUCAGCCCUGCCGGCAACCCUGGACUCACUGUCCAUCCACCAGCUCGCAGCCCAGGGGGAACUAAGCCAGCUGAAAGAACACCUGAGAAAGGGGGACAACCUAGUCAACAAGCCGGAUGAACAUGGCUUUACCCCCCUCAUCUGGGCUUCAGCCUUUGGCGAGAUUGAGACCGUGCGCUUCCUGCUCGAGUGGGGGGCUGACCCACACAUCCUGGCCAAAGAGCGAGAGAGUGCCCUGUCGCUGGCCAGCAUGGGUGGCUACACGGACAUUGUGGGGCUGCUGCUGGAGCGGGAUGUGGACAUCAACAUCUACGACUGGAACGGAGGAACCCCCCUGCUGUACGCCGUGAGAGGGAACCACGUGAAGUGCGUGGAGGCCUUGUUGGCCCGAGGAGCCGACCUCACCACGGAGGCUGACUCUGGCUACACCCCGAUGGACCUCGCUGUGGCUCUGGGGUACCGUAAAGUGCAACAGGUGAUCGAGAACCACAUUCUCAAGCUCUUCCAGAGCAACCUCGUGCCUGCUGACCCUGAGUGAAGGCCGCCAUCAGGGACUCAGACACUCAGGGAACAAAACGGUCAACCCAGAGCCAGGGCAACCCAGAACUAGCUUCAGAGGCAGCUCUCACUUCCCGGUCACGGGGAGACGCUCAGGACAGUGGCGGGAGAGGGCCAUCCCAAGAGAAACCAAUAAACCUUCUGUGCAGAACUACAAGGACUUGGCUGUGUUUCCCUGAGGGCUUCUUGGAGGAGGCAGUCUCACACCUUCUCCCCCAGCACCCGGAGAUGGUAGAUGACCACACGGCCAAAAAAGUCAGCCAUGUCCUCAAAGGUCACCUUCAGGCGGUCCACCUCAGCAGCUGGUAUGGGGAAGGUGUGAGCCCUGGGCAGUCAAGGAAAACAUGCAGCUCCCAGUUGCCCACCUACAGGCCCCCACCCCUCCCGCAUGUAAGGUCGAGCCCCAGCUAAGACACCACCACCAUGCUGGGUGACUUGGUCCCUCAGCCUCACACAGAACAGGCUACCAUGGGUUCCAUUUUAGAGAUGAAGCAGUGGGGACCUAGGCCUUGUGCCAGAUUCUCUUCCAGGUCUCAGUGAGCCCUGGGCUUUCAGAGGCCCAGACCACCCCACACUACACCACUUCACAGGAUAUUUGAAGCGAGUUGUUGUCCUCAGGGUAGAAGUCCACAAUCCUGAAAAGCGCCUGGCUCCCCUGUGAGCCUGCAGCAAAGAGGCAGAUGUUUAGGGCGGGGCCUCACCCUCCUGCCCUCACCAACUGGGGACUCCCAGUACCUUCCAGGCGGCACCGGCGACUUGAGAAGCCCCCCUGGAACUGGAUCUGUAGCUGGGAGAUGCGAACGCCUUGGGGGAACUCGAGCAUCACCCACUGGCAGGGACCCUAAAAGCAGACGAGGAAACAGGUUCGCGGUCACUCCACGCUCGGAACCUGCUAUGCCUGUCUCUCACUCACGCAGUCCACCCACGGGACAAGCGUCCAGCACACGGUCCGCCCACACGGUCCGCUGGAGCACCGUAAGUUCUCCGGGCACCUUGGGCCCUGGAUCUGAUUCAUUCUGGAGUUGGGGGUCCAGGGAACCGCCUCACCUGGUCCGAGUUCCAACAGGUCUCCUCGUUCUGGUCGAACAGGUGCUUUUUCCCAAACUGCCUGGUAUCACGAUUCAGUACGGAGCUCACUCUGGAUGCACCAGGGUCAAGGCGAGGAAGGGAGGGGUUGACCCUGGCCCCGGACCCCGCCCAUCCUCCAGCUCCGCCCACGUGGGGACUCUACCCCCUCCACCGGCUGAGGGCCCCACCCCAGGCUCUCACCUGCUCACAGUCUCCGGACAAACCAAAGAGUGGGUCAUCUUGGCUCCACAAGGUUGUGCAGGGCUCAGACCUCCAAGUACUCGCCUAUGGCCCGCAACCAGCCCGCCAUUCCCGCUCCACUUUGGUCGUAAAUGUCGCCUUUCUCACCCCUUUACCGGAAAAACUGGGGGGCUUGGGUAAACUGCCAGUGGCCGGGGACCGGGCCUUUCACAGCGGGUGCAAAGACAGGAAAUCGGCUUCCCGCAGGCUUCGAGGGCGGUCACCCCUCCCCCCAAGCCUCAGUUUCCCUGCGCGCAGCGCCAGGACCCAAAACCUGGGACCCGGAACCGCGUGGCAGCAGCACAGGCGCAGUUAGACGCACGGCCCCGCCCAGCCGUCGCUCCCGGGGGCAGGGCCUGACAUGAUCCCGCCCCUCCAUGCCGCCUCUUAAGGGGUCCGAGCGGAGUGAUUGGGUUUCCCUGGAGCUGAAAAAAGACCGACACCGAAAGCGAUGGAGCGGACCACUACGUGCUGGGCGAUGUUUCUUGGUACCCAGUACAAACCACUGGUUUUGGCUUCCGAGAGACUUCCUAUUUAGGGAAGUCCACCGGAAUCCAUUUCCAAAAGCUAAUACAGCCUGUAACCUUCUACACUGCUGCCUCCCAGAGGCCAAAGGAAGAGCUGAGAAAAGAGG